AUGGGACAGCGAGUGACAAAAGUGAGUCCGAUUACGGUUGGCGAGGUGUACGAUCAACAUCCUAGUACACCCCCAAAACCCAGCACCAACACGGAGCUUCAACAUCCUCAUCCCCGCGAUGAGAGCCCUGUUGGUGGAGAGGAGGAGGAGGCAAAGGAUAGGAAGGAAGAGGAGAAGGAGGCAGAGAGAGUGAAGGAGAAAAGAAAGAGAAAGAAGUGGUGGCGGAGGCUGCGCUCUUUCUUCAGAGCUGGCAAAAAAAACCCAGAGAGCAGCUCAGGUCAGAGAGAGCAGGAGAAGCAGCAGGAUCAGGGACAGAAGAGGAAGGUGGCAUGGGCAGGAAGAAGUAGUGAUGACUACAUCUUCAGUCGCUACACCAUUGGUGAUCGGCUGGGGAAAGGUGGUUGUGGUGUGGUGUACGAAGGCAGACGUUUGAAUGAUGAUCUUAAAGUGGCUUUGAAAUAUGUCAUGAAGACCCAGCACACUGAAUGUAUAUUCAUUCCUGAUCAUCCGAAACCUCUUCCGAAAGAGAUCGCCCUCACCAUCCUGGCGAACAAAGGUCCCAGGGUGCCAGAAAUAAUCAGGCUGCUGGACUGGACGGACCACCCUGACCACUUCGUCAUGGUCCUCGAAUGUCCCUCUCCCUGUGAGAAUCUCGUGAAGUUCAUCAGGCGUCACGGUGGAAGACUAAAGGAAGAAACAACACGGCAGAUCAUGUGGCAGACGGCUCACGCAGCAAACAUGUGCCACCUCCGUGGAGUGCUCCACCGUGACGUCAAACUUGACAACCUUUUGAUAAACAGGGAGACAUCCGUAGUCAAGCUGAUUGACUUCGGAUGUGGGGACAUUUUGAGGAGGACACCAUACAGGUCAUAUUCUGGCACAGCAAUGUACUCCCCUCCAGAGUACCACAGCAGGGGGAAGUACUACGGCGGGCCGGCGACGGUCUGGUCACUAGGGAUUGUGAUGUUCACAAUGUUGUGUGGACGCUUCCCUAAUGACUAUGACCUGUUCCUCCUGCAGUGCAAGCACUGGUCCAAACCCGGCCUGUCAAAAGAAUGCUGUGACCUCCUCAGGGCUCUCCUGCAUGAGAAGCCAAGCCGGAGACUAGGUCUGGGGCGAAUCAUGUCCCACAACUGGUUUAAGGUCAUCUCAUAAGACCACUCCAGCUGGCGUCUCUUGUGCAGCUUUGCGUCUUGCGGGCUGCAGCAGUAGAUGCUUCCAUCCCUCCUCUCGCCUUUGCGUCUUGCGGGGCGAGAAAGCCUUGUGUAGCGUCUUGCACCUUGGCUUGAGGAAGCAAUAUUUGCGUCUGGCGGUACUGCUUCCGGAGGGAUGUGUACAUACUCUAUAUCUGUACAUACUUCUUUUGGUUUCCCCAUCAUGGCCACUCCAUUCCUGAGCUUCCUGCCUCCGCUGUCCAAAUGCCA